AACGCUCAAGGUAAGAAAGGUCGAGAAAAGUUUAAGGUGAUUAAGAGUCGAUGAAACAAGUAAAUGCCUAGCGUAUUUUUGCCAACUGUCAAUUUUUCAAUCGACAAAUUGAAAGAAGCGAGAAUAUUGUUUGAUGCAACAAUUUUGCAAACGUUUAUGAAACGUCGAUGAUCGAUGAUUAUGAUCGACGGAAAAAGAGAAAGCGAGAGUUAGGUUAUAUUUCCGUAACGAUAUUGUAAUAGGUAAUUGUAAUAAUGAAUAAUCCAGAGAAAUCUGAUGUGCUGGUAGAGUCAUCUAUCAAAGCGACAAAGGGCAAAUCGAAGAGACGAUCAGCUUCUUCUUCCAGUAACAACUCUGAGAAAAAUAAGAAGAGACGGAAUAUAUGUAGCAAGGACAAGAGAAAGAAGUCAAAACAUAGAAGUAGUUCCAAUAGUUCCAGUUCUUCUAGCGCUUCAAGUCCAGAGAGAAACGUAUAUAAAGAAAGAAAGGACAGAGAUGAGAAUACAGAGCACAAAACUAAAAGAUAUGAAAAUGGUAUGGAUUCGCAGAGAAGAAGUGGCAAGUACAAUGAUCAAAGAUGGCAUAACAAGAGAUGGUAUAACAAUCAUAUACCGUAUAAUCGGAAAGAUUAUGGUCAUUUUAACUUACGCCCUUAUAGACGUCAGAAUUAUUAUGAUAGAAAUAGAAGGGAUGCAUAUAACAAUUAUCACUACAAUAGACACAAUAGCAGAAAUUAUGAAAGAACAUCUAGUUAUGGCAGGUCAAGAUUGCAAGAUUAUUAUAGAAAUACUGGCAGAAAUGCAACUAGUCAAUCUAUGCGAGAAGAUAGUUCAAAAGAGCGAACAAAUCAAUCACGAGCCACCUUAAUGAUGGAAAGACUUGAUUCGAUAAAGGAUAAUAUGGAAAUAGUUGAGCAAGUGAAAGACAAAGAGAAGAAAAAAAUAGGAGUUUUUCAAGACAAAACUCAAUCAAGUCGCAAAAAAUUGAAAAGUAAGAGAUCUUUGUCUACUUCUAGCUCCUCUAGCAUCAGUAGUACUAGUAGCAGUAGCAACAGUAGCAGCAGCAGCUCUAGUAGCAGCAGCAGCAGCAGCAGUAAUACUGACAGUAGUAGCAGCAGCAGUACCAACAGUUCAGAAGAUGAAAGAAAACAAAAGAAAGCCAAGAAAAAAGCUAAAAAAUUAAAAAAAGCUAUGAAAAAACGGAAGAAAAAACGGAUGAAGAAGAAAUUAAAGAAAAAGCUAAAAAAGUCUACAUCUAAGAAAAAGGGAUACAGUAAAAAGAAAUUUAAAGAAAAUAAAGAAAUUCAAGGAUCUAGUAAAAGAGAGAAUACAAAGGAAAUUAUACCCGAAGUAAUGGAAAAAGCAAAAGCUAUGGCGCCUAUGACAAAAGAGGAAUGGGAGAAGAGGCAAAAUAUGAUUCGCAGAAUUUAUGACCAAGAAACUGGAAGAUACAGAUUAAUCAAAGGCGAUGGAGAAGUUUUGGAAGAAAUCGUUAGCCGAGAACGUCAUAAGGAAAUUAACAAACAAGCAACCAAAGGAGAUGGCGAGUACUUUCAAGCGCACUUAAAGAUGAAGGCUCUAUCAACUUGAUCAAGAUCAAUUCAUCUUGGAAAUGUUGCGAAAUCAGCGAAUUCCGGCAAGCUCUCUCUCUUUCUCUCGUCAGUUUAGAUGAGCCUCGAUAGUCGGAUAAAAAGCAGCGACAGCUAAUAAAGUGUCGAGUAAAUAACACCACGGACGUGAUCACGACGUUUUCCAGUACGAAUGAAUCCGACUGGUCAGAGAAAGGUA